CCACAACUGAAACAGACUGAUGGGCUUCAUUGCCCUUUUCUGUGUAUUUUACAUUGCAAUGUUUUUGGUUAUGAUAUUGCAUCCUACUUCAAAGAAGACGACAGCUGAAGAGAAUGAGAUCAUAGAGGUGAAGCAACCAGCUCCUCCACAUUCUGUGUCAUCCUCCACCGAUCCCUCCGUUUUUGAGCAUUUGAAGGAGAUUGGUUCGCUGGUUGAGGCUGGAGGAUAUGAAGGAGAAGUUAGGAAGAUUGCAAGGGCAUUAAGGUUAACGAUGGGAUUAAGGAAGAAGCUUAAUGCUUCUGUGGUGUCUUCCUUCCUGAAUUAUGCCCUAACAACACCUGCUGGAUCAGAACUUCACACUCAGCUAGCUGCUUACCUGAUGCCUCUUAUUUUGUUGAAUGAAGAUGAGGCUGAUAUGGAAGUCGACACUACAAAGCAGCCUGUGCCCGACCUUGAGAUUUAUUGCUACUUACUUGUUCUUAUACAUCUGAUUGAUCAGAGGAAGUACGAUGAGGCAAAGGCUUGUUCGUUAGCAAGCAUUGCUCGCCUUAAGACCUUAAACUUGAAGACUGUUGAUGUUAUUGCUUCUAAGAUCUACUACUACUAUUCUUUGACCUAUGAACGUACUGGUCAUCUUUCUGAUAUUCGAGGUAACCUCCUUACCUUGCACCGAAUUGCAACACAUAGACGCGAUGAGCUCGGUCAGGAAAUGCUUCUUAACCUGUUACUUCGGAAUUACCUUCACUACAACCUGUAUGAUCAAGCGGAGAAAUUUAGAUCAAAGGCACCCUGUUUCGAAGCUAAAUCAAACCAUCAGUUUUGUAGGCACCUUUUCUAUCUUGGAAAGAUAAGGACUAUUCAGUUGGAAUAUACAGACGCUAAAGAGUAUCUCUAUCAAGCUGCCCAAAAGGCACCAGUUUCUGCACUUGGGUUCUUAGUCCAAUGCAAUAAGUGGGGCAUAAUGGUUCACCUAUUGCUUGGUGAAAUCCCUAAAAGGACCGUUUUUAUGCAAAAGGGGAUGGACAAAGCACUAAGGGCGUAUUUUGAGUUAACAAAUGCUGUUCGCAUUGGGGAUUUUGAGUUAUUUAAAACUGUCAGUGUGAAGUUCUCAAGCACUUUCAGUGAGGAUGGGACAAAAAACUUGAUUGCUAGGCUCCGGCAUAAUGUCAUCAGGACCGGGUUACGAAAUAUUAGUAUCUCAUACUCUCGAAUCUCAUUGGUCGAUGUGGCAAAAAAACUAUGCUUGGAUUUUGAAAAUCCCAUUGUUGAUGUUGGAAGUAUAAUAGCGAAAGCUGUUAGGGAUGGCACAAUUGAUGCCACAUUGGAUCAUGCUAAUGGAAUCAUGAUAUGUAAAGGGAAAGGAGACGUAUAUUCUACAAAUGAACCUCAUAUUGCUUUUAAUUCUAGAAUCAGUUUCUGCCUUAACAU